AUGGAUACACCGGCGGUACCAGCACCGCGGGACUCCCGCGAACAAGCUAUUCUUGCUCGCCUCUCCGUCAUUCGAGACCAGCUGUUGCUUCUGAAGCAGGACCGAACUACAUAUAUUCGCAGUCAAGAUGUAAUUCCUCUCUAUGACCAGACCAUUGAGCAGGUCAAGGAGCUCAACGCUGUUCGUGCUGAGAUCGGCAAACACGAAGAAAACCGACUGGACAAGGUCCUAGAGAGUUGCUUCCAGUUACUUUCCCUAUUCUACCUCACCAUCGGCCGAAAUAACGAGGCCCCCGCCGCGUACUCUCUGACGUCGACCAUCAAACGACUUCUCGACCAUCUCACCGAGGCCGCUCUUUACUCUGCUAAAGAUUUGGAAAGCAUUAAAUCUACACUGGAAGAAACGGCAUGUGCCAUCAGCCAGGCGCAAAAGGCGGAGGAAUCCCAGGCGAAGCACUCGCCAUAUCUUUUAACCCUGCUCUCAAAGCGAGUAUCGCUGUGCCAGAGCAUGCUGGACAAUCUACGGAAGCGGCUGGAAAGCAUCGGCAGCCCACUGCUUGUAACACAUGAGAAGUUGAUUUCUAUUUUGCGACAAAUUUCAUUCGCAAAUACAAAGUCAAAGUUUUCGACUAGUGAGGUGCAAAAGCUGCGGAAUCAGCUCUUGGAUGUUGGCAACAAGCGAAAGGACGGCAAGUUUGUCGCAGAGGACGGCACCGUACCUCCAGGUGAAGCAGAAAUUAGCGAACUAUACGAGAGAUGUGUCCAGUGGUCGGGUAUAGUUCUGGAGAGAAAAGGAAAUGUACAUGAAUCAUGGCGCCCAACAUAUGACGUCCUGGUAGGAAUUCGAAACGACUUGGAAAAACUUUCCUUGACCCAAGCUUGGUCGCUCCGCGAAACCGACUUGUACGACUUCCAGCGGCAACUGGACAAGAUUGACGAAAACAGGCAGAAUGGCAACUUUUAUGACGACAAGGGCCGGCCGGCGGAUCUUUGGACACAGCGAACAAUGCUGUACUUGAUUCGACGAAGCUAUGCGUACAUUUAUUCCUUCAUGAUUGCCUCGGAGCCGGUAUCAGAGGCCCUGCUCCCCAUUUACAACCAACUACAGACUCUCAAGCGAUGCCUGGUCGAAGUGAAGAAGAAUGGCGGCGUCACAUCUGUACGAGAGCUCUACCCAUACAGCAUGAAGCUCAACUCACUGGACAACAUGCGAGUAGAUGGCAAGUUCAUUGUGAACGGAGACAUCCCCGAGGGUCAAGGCAGUGUUAGUGGGCUCCUGGCAGAAUGCUUCGACCUCAACUACGAGUUGAGGGUAGCAGCCGAAGAGGGCACCAACAGCGACGAUUAA